AUGCGUGCGUUGGCUGGCACUCUAAACAGUAUCGGAACACUGCUGGUGUUGCCAAUAACAGGAUAUAUCUCUGACCGCUUCGGACGUCGCGUGGCACUGGUCGUCAAUAUUUUUAAUUUCGCCCUCUUCGGAACAAUUCGAGCGUUCUCCACCAGCUACGCUAUGUAUUUAGUGCUUCAGAUCCUCCAGACAACAUUAGGCGCUGGCUUGUACAGUUCCGCAUACAUUUUUGUUUUCCUCACCAUAUGCUACUAUUGGAUCCUUGGCGAGAGCGUUCGGUGGCUUCUGUCAAAACAAAAGUAUACGGAAGCGAGAUCCGCUUUACAGGAGGUGGCGAAAGUAAACAAAACGACGAUAAGCGAAAAGUCACUGGAGGCUUUGGUUAAUCCUAAGCUACCAACCACAGUUCAAUCCCCAAUGCUGUAUUGGGAGGGUAUACCAUCUGUACUAUUCGCCGGUAUGGCUCUGCUAGCAGGAAUUCUAGUUCUCACUCAGCCGGAGACUCUAGGAACUAAACUGACCGAUACAUUGGCUGAGGCAGAAGCAUUAGGAAAGACGAUUGCCAAGCAAUUCACU